AUGUUUAGUAUAAUAUAAAAAAAGGUACAAAAAUUAAUACAGAUAAAAUAUAAAUCAAUCUCUCAUUUUCAUAAAAAAAUAUUCAUAUGGCAUACUUUGUAGUUCUUUCUCUUUGUUAGUAACUGUUUUCUCAUAAAAAAUAACAUCCCUGAAUCUUUAAGUUAAAUUUAAUUCUUAUUCGACUCUUAUUCGAUUAUUGUGAUAGCAACAAAUAAACAUCUCAAAUUAAAGCUUAGUAUUUGUGAUUGCAAGUUUCAAGUAGUUUCAAACUCAUUUUAAUCAUAUUCUUCUCUGCAUUAAGUGUUUCUUUAUUAAACCAUCAUCUAUUGUUUUUAAGGAGUCAAAACCUAUCCCAAACUCCAUUUAUCAUCUCUAAAUAACAUUUCAUUCACAAUUACAAGUAUCAUUAAGUAGCGAUAAUAUUCCUUCAUCUAAAGUUGUUUUCAUAUCUGCAAGAACUAUUUUAAACGUCAUUCACUAAUUAAUCAAACAAAAACCAAUUCUAGAAAGUCAUAUUAAAGAGAAACCAUUCUCUUUUUUUAAGUUCAUUCUCAUAAUUUAAUUCUGAUAUAAUAUACAUUUCUUCUGGCAAAUAUUUUAUAUCACAAUAUUAUUUUCUUCAAAUCUUUCUAAGAGUAGAGUGUUAAGACUCUACUAGGCUCUUCUAUUUGUUAAUUAUUUAAAAACUUAGAUGAAUUAAAAUAAGGUUCUGUGGAGAUUGAUAAUUUUGAAUAUCAAUUAUUGUCAGGUUCAGGUUCAAAAGCUAUUUUGAAAUUCUAAUGA